UUAAAUCCCGUUUGUGUUUUAGCUUUUGACGUGUAGUCAUGAAAGAGGGCCGAGGGGCAAUGAUUAACGAGUAUGCCAGUCAUCUUAACUUGCUGAAAUCAAAAUGUUGCAGAACAUACUGCGGAUAGCCGGAGCUACGUUUAUAGUUUAUAUUACUGUUUUAGCCAAACCGGGAUCGAGUUUGUUUUCAUUUCACCCAGUGCUAAUGACAUUAGCUUUCACAGGAGCAAUGACUGAGGCCAUAUUCAUUUUUACCAAGUAUGGACUUGCAUCAGGAUCCCUUCGUAGCACAAGAGUUACAGCCCACUGGAUAGUGAUUGGCAUAGCUGCCCUGUCCCACUCUAUAGGAUAUGCUGCUAUUUACUACAAUAAAGAAAUAAAUAAUAAGCCUCACAAUACUUCGUGGCAUGGAUUUCUAGGAUUGAUUGCAUCUGUUUUGUUUUGGAUUCAACUUUCUGUGGGAGUUUUUGCAAAAUACCCUCAGUUUCUUAAAAGUGUUAUGCCUCUGAAAAGAGUAAGGGCAAGUCAUGCACUAUUUGGUAUGCUGAUAUUUAUCAGUGGUAUGGGAACAAUGAUAUUAGCUCUUUGGAGUACCUGGUUUACUAGUAAUGCAUCUCCCCAUUGCAUUUUUGGUGCAUUAGGAUUGUAUAUUACACUUGCUUUAACAGCAGUUACUGUAUUUACAAAGAAAUAUGCACAGUUGUUGUUUUGAGUUGCAUAAAACAGAGCUUGCUUGUAAUUUAUUUCGUGCAAUAUAUUUAUCAUCAAGUUAACUUACUUUUUGACUCAGUCUGUUUGACUCAGUCUGCAUAAUGAAAUGAAAUUUGUUUCUCAUAAUGCAGUCUGUCACUUAAGGUGUGUACUUGCUUAUAUGAAUGAGCUUCACCUCUUAACUACAGCAUUUUUCCUGUUAAUUAUUGUAAAGUUUAAGGUACGCAUACAGUACUCUAUUAGCUUUUUAUUUUGACUUUCAUGUAUGUUUGUUUGAAAUUACAAUUAACCAAGCAAUAAUAUAAAGGUAAUGUAAAUUCCAUAGAUGUGCAUAGGAACUUACUAAACAUCUCCAGAAUUCAGUAACGACAAGAUGAUAGUAUAUUUUGAUUAAAGAAAAAUUACAGCUGCAUAUGAGAAAUAUCUUUAUUUCUUAGUGUUUUUUUGGAAUUCAGUUACAUCAUCAUGAUUUUAUGAUGACAGUGGUAUUUUGCUUCAUUUUGAAAAUGUGCUUUCCACUGAACAAAUCAGUAGCUCAUGUUUUGUAUGCUUAUAUACAGCACAAAUAGUUGGCCCAUCUAUAUUCCCAAGUUUAAGUUCUUAGUCAUCAGUUCCCACCGCGGCUAACAUUACCUACUUAAGAUAGCUUAGGCUAAUAUUGCUAAUAAAUGUCUAAUAAAGUAUAUUUUGAAUUUUGAAAGUAUCUUAAGGAAAGACCAAAUGAAAUACUUUUGUCAGGUUAUCUAUCAUCACCAAAUAUCAGUGUUAAAAGUACUUGCCUUUUAGCUAUGAGCAGCUGCCUGUAACUAAUAUGCUAUAGAGUGUUUAUUCACUAAUAUGUAUGUACUGUCAAACAACACCAUUUAUAUAUUUUUACAGAAUAAUCACUUAAAAUUAUUACAAAAUAAUGUCAGUGAAUAGUGUUAGUACUGCAUAGCAUUACAGCUGAAAUGUUACUUUUUCACAGAACAGUAUGGUGUACGGUAUUUGUAUUUUUAACUUUGUGGAUAGGUAACAUGAACUCUCAAUAAUUUGAAGACAAGAAGCAAAAGAAAAAAUCCCCUGCCAAACCACUCUAUGUGAUUUUCACUCCUUUUAAAUACACAGGGGCUGUUCUACAUUAUUGAAUACUAUUUUUUUAUAGUAAUAAUAAUCAUGCAUUGUUAAGAGUAGCAGUCAUAUUUUCACAUUUAAAUUGCUACUUCCUGCCUUAUCUAGUCAUUAUCAGAUACAGAAUGCUCAUUUUAAUAGCAAUUUAUUCAAUAUUUUAUGUUAACAGAUUACCAAACUAAGACUAUUGACAUAAACAUAUCAUUAAAGCUUUAAUGGUAACUAUACAUGUGAAGAUAAUGGUACCUAUACAUGUUGAAGAUUGUAUCCCAUUUAGUGCAUACGUGAUAUUGUUUGUAU